AUGGCUGGGGAGUGUGGGGGAGGCAAGGUAGUUUCUCUUAAAGAUUUGGGCCUGAAACCUGGAGGGUGUGUAAAAGUGAAAGGAGACAUACUGCCUAAUGCCAGGACGUUUAGAUGUGAUCUGGGCAAGGAUGAAGACAACCUUGGCCUGCACUUCAACCCUCGCUUCAACUAUCUCGGUUUUCACAACGUCAUCGUCUGCAAUUCUAGGACACAUGGGGUUUGGGGCAAAGAACAAAUGGAUCCCAACUUCCCCUUUAAGCCAGAUACAUCAGUGGAGAUUUCCAUAACCUUUGAAGGGCAGCAGUUUAGAGUGAGGAUGCAGAAUGACCAGGAGAUCACUUUCCCCAAUCGACUUGACUUAAAUCAAAUCGACUACGUGGCAAUUCUUGCAGACAUCAAUGUUAGAAAGGUGGACUUCGAAGGAACGCUGCAAUCAUGCCAGCUUCAGAUCACUCUUGACUACUGA